CGCCGUGCUCACCGACUGGCCUCGAACGCCCCGGCGGGAGGUUUUUCUAUAUGAGUGGAGAAGACAGUUGCUGCAAGUGAAAGUGACACAACAUUUCUCUAGGAUGUCUGAAGAUGAAGAAAAAGUGAAAUUACGCCGUCUUGAACCAGCUAUCCAGAAAUUCACCAAGAUAGUCAUCCCAACAGACCUGGAGAGGUUAAGAAAGCACCAAAUUAAUAUUGAGAAGUAUCAACGGUGCAGAAUCUGGGACAAGUUGCAUGAAGAGCAUAUCAAUGCAGGACGUACAGUUCAGCAACUGCGCUCCAAUAUCCGAGAAAUGGAGAAGCUUUGCUUGAAAGUCCGAAAGGAUGACCUACUACUUCUGAAGAGAAUGAUAGAUCCUGUUAAAGAAGAAGCAUCAGCAGCAACAGCAGAAUUUCUCCAACUCCAUUUGGAAUCUGUCGAAGAACUUAAGAAACAACUUAAUGAUGAAGAAACCUUAUUACAGCCUCCUUUGACCAGAUCUCUGACUGUUGGUGGAGCAUUUCACAAUACUGAAGAUGAAGCUAGUUCUCAGAGUUUGACUCAGAUAUACGCAUUGCCUGAAAUUCCUCGAGAUCAAAAUGCUGCAGAAUCAUGGGAAACUUUAGAAGCGGACUUAAUUGAACUUAGUCAACUGGUUACUGAUUUCUCUCUCCUAGUAAAUUCUCAGCAGGAGAAGAUUGACAGCAUUGCAGACCAUGUCAACAGUGCUGCUGUGAAUGUUGAAGAGGGAACCAAAAACUUGGGGAAGGCUGCAAAAUACAAGCUGGCAGCUCUGCCCGUGGCAGGUGCACUCAUCGGAGGAGUGGUGGGGGGUCCGAUUGGCCUCCUUGCAGGCUUCAAAGUGGCAGGAAUUGCAGCUGCACUUGGUGGUGGGGUGUUGGGCUUCACAGGUGGAAAAUUGAUACAAAGAAGAAAACAGAAAAUGAUGGAGAAGCUCACUUCCAGCUGUCCAGAUCUUCCCAGCCAAAGUGACAAAAAAUGCAGCUAAAAACUCAAUUUCAGUAUUAUUGGUGCCAACGUAUCUAUCCUAACAAGCACCUUGCUGCUGUUGGACACACAGCUUUGGAACAUCAUGUAUCAAGACAGUGGCUCUAGAUGCCCAAGUGGAAUUGAACCGUAUUAAGUGGUUGUAAUUUGUUUGCUGGGUGGUGUUGAUGUUAGAGAUCAAAGGAGCCUGGCUCAGAGUGGGUAAUGUCAGGUCAAGUUUAAAGGUGGCCGAGGUGCAAAUUGUCUGCCUAAAAAUGUGAAAACUGAAUCUGUAACGCUGACAAGAACUUAAGAUGUAUAGGAAUGAACUGCAGACCUUAAGGCUAAGUGUACUUGUGGAUUAUUUAGGCCUGGUAUCUAGGAAAAGAAUGGGAGUUCAGGAGCCUGUUUAUCAGACAGGGAAGUCAGGGCCUCACAAGGAGCACAGGUGAGCUACAUAAUGGAGCCCAUUCAGUGAACCCAGUUGCAGUUUGAUCCAAAUAUAUUUUUCUGGUGAAGGAAAUUAAUAGGCCACUCCUGUUUUCUUAUACUAAGUUCUCUAAGAUAUCUUACUCUGUGACCCUGGCUUCUUUUCUAUAUUCUUCCUUGAGUCUCAARUGGUAGGAGACUUACCAGCCAGCCACCAUGCUCACUCUGUCAUCCUCCCCUCACAUCUCAAAGAGAUCUAGUGCCCUUUGCUGUCAAUUCUUCAUAAUUUUGGAAAAGUCCUUGGUUUAUGGGGUGAAUUCUACCCAUGUAUAGCGAAGGUUUUUCUCAGAAUCUUUUUUAUCAUUUCCCAUUUCUCACCACCCUGUCCUAUAAUUUCUUAAGUUUAAAAAAAAAAAGAAAAAAAAUUUCCAAGUAUUUUGAACAUCAUUAAUGUUUGGUCUGAAAAUGAGCAGAGGGGAAAAGAGCAAGGGCCUAUCCUGGGGCAGCGUCUCAUUCUAAGGAGCUGAUGUAGCCGCCACACAGAAGGCUCUGAGCCACCCUUUCUUCAGGUGGCCCCUGGAGGACUGAGCCAGCUUUCUACCUCAGUUGCUAGCACACUCCUCUUCCCAGCUUUGCUUUCGCCUGUGCGUUCCUUCACUUUCCACAGCUGCUGUUUCCUCCAAAAAGUGGCGCUCAGGCUUACCUUUGCCCACAUUCUAGAAGAUAACAAGAGCCCAGUGCCAAGGCUCAGACUCAGCAAAGGACUCGUGGUGCUAAUGCCAACACAGACAGAACCCCCCCCUUCUGUCUCAAACAGCAAGGAGGUUUUAAAUCUAGAAAAGAAUGUAAAAUUCUAGACAGAGUCACUCUGUACUGUCAACUCAGUAGAAGUUGACAUAGGAAGGAGCUGCCUUCUGCCUUGCCCUUUACUCUUUUCUGAGGACAGAAUGGACACCUGCACCCCAAAAGGUGUCGGCAAUGUCUUUCUAGGAGUCAAAGUUCAUCAGGGGGCUGAGUGGUCAUCACUUAGCUUCUUUCUUGCUGAGUUUUCCUUUAAUAACUUACUGAUGUUACCUUUCACCUCUGUGAGAGAGCUUUUUCUUCCAUACUCUUUGAAUCUCAGCAAUAAAUUCUAGUGGGACAAAGCACCAUUUAUGAUUAUCACUAACGAAGCAUCAAAUGUUAUCUGUUUACCUGUAUCUUUCAAAUAAUACCAAGAAAAAAUACUUUAAGGGUCAGGUUAUGAUCCAGUAUCAGAUAUUGGAUACCUAUAAGGUCGUUUUGAACUCCAACUCUUUUCUAUUCUCUGGCCCAUCCCUUUAACACCAACUGUUCAAAUCUGAACAGGAUCAAUGCUCACCCAAAUAUUUAAAACAGCGCAUUUUUUUUUUUUUUUUUUUUUGGUACUGGGGAUUGAACCCAGGGGAACUAAACCACUGAAUCACGUGCCCACCUUUUUAUUUUUUAUUUUGAGACAGGAUCUCACUAAUUGCUUUGGCUAGCCUAAAACUUUUAAUCUUCUGCCUCAGCUUUCCCAGGAGCUGGGAUUACAGGCAUGCACCACCACAACCAGCAUUAAAACAGGAUUCUUAAACUCAGUUGCUGAUAGGACCAGUCCAAGUAGUCAGCUAAAAUGAUAAAUGUAGUUAUGUGAAGAUUCAGCUGUGUCAUUUGAUUCUGUAAUUUCCAGUAUUCUACCCUUCUUCAUCACUACAUAGUACUCUACUCUGUCAACCUCAGAUUGCCCAUGUUUCCUGCAUGCCAUCUUAGGGGCAGCACUAGGAACUCGAAAGGACCUAAAGGAGAAAGGAGGCCUGUGUUUGUAGCUCACGUUUUGUUCUGGAAUUUCUCAUUUUUACUGAGCCAGUGUGGUACUCCAUUGUACUCACAUAAGUGUCUCUCUUUUGGACUGGAAUAUUACUCUAACAGUCUUCAUGAUUUGGCAAGUUAGUCAUUUUUUAAAAAGCCUUAUUAAAAUUAUUUAGAAAUUUUAUCUCAUUUCCCCCAUAAUAGAACAUAAUAGCCAACUUUUUAUAGAAAUUAAUCAACUAUAAAUGAUAUACCUAUAAAGUGCUUAUAUGUAUAAAUAAGUCAGUAUGACACAGAAACCAAUCUUAAAUUUGAAUUUAAUGCUGUAUAGUGUCAGAUAAAAUUUAUCUUCUCUAUGAUUCAAGUCUUACAUUUAUUGCACAAGUUAGGAAUGCUUUAAGAUCUGAACAUUUUUAGGGGCUCAUUUGAAUAAAGACAGCACUUUUAAAGGCUUUUUUGACAUAACCUGAACAUUUCUCUGUAGAGCAGAGAUUGAAACUUUUUGGCUGUAACCCACAGUAAAAAAUGCAUUUAUACCAAAACUCAGCAGAGACAUAAGGAAACAUAUGUGCUGUUAUGUGCAAGGCAUUUUGAUGUUGUUUUUAAAAUAUGCCAGUUGCAACCCACUAAACUUGUUUCAUAAUAUACAAUUGGAUUGUGACCCUUGAUUUGACGCUAACACCCUUUCAGAGAAAUUGAUGUUUAUUGAAAACUCUUUGCCAGGCAGACUCACUAGGCAUUUUACAGGGAGGGCAACUGAGCCUUGGAGAAAUUAAAUACUUUGGAGAGGGUUAGUCAGCUACAAAGGGUAAAUAAAGCCAGGAUGUAAAUGUGGCUGGUGAGAUACAAAAGCUGUUUGAUACCUGCCAACCUAUGCUACCUCUCUAAAUAAAACUGAAAUGGGUCACCUGUUCUGCCUCACCCAGACGCCCAUAUAUUCUGUAAAGCAAGCUUGGAAUUGCCUGUGCCAUUUAUUGGCACCUUUGUUAUCCUUAAUCUUCUGAUCCUCAUCAAGUGUCCAGAAGCCUCAAAGUCUUUAAUGGUGGCUGUUGCAGAGGUACCCAGCACUGAAUUUGGUCCUCAGACUAUAAAAUUAAGAAUGUUUCCAUCUCAUUCAUAUAACCUAUAAAUUACCUUAUAUUCAUAGGUAUAAUMAUUGUUCAAAGUGCUUUUUAGUUUUAUAAUAAAUAUUUAAAACAAAUAUAUCAUAACUCAUAGAAAUCAAAUGAUUAUUUUCUUUUAAAAAGAUGCCCUUGGAAAGCCACACACUUACUGAAGCGAUGCUGAUAUUACUUAGGCCAUUUUAAAACUUUUCUUUUGGAAUUGCCUCCAAAAGGAUUUUGCAAACCACAAUAAGAAAAACCAUCUUCAUUUUUAUUAGUUGUAGGACAUUCGUCCUUGUCCUUGUGGCUCUCCUCUCUUCCUUUCUCAUUUUGCUUUUCUUCCACUGGCUUGGCUUCUCCUGUAUAUGAGCUCAUUACCUAAGGAUGCCCAGAAUGUGGGUGUGCUGGUGCUGCCUACAACUGGCCAGAGGGGCUGGUGCAAGGACUUUGAGGUUAUACUGAAAUUGGGUGCUAACAGGGAGAAUACUAGGAAUCCAGAAACCUCCCGGUGGGCUGCCUAUACCCAUAAGUGCUAUAGGUUGUUUGCACACAACUAAGGACUAAAUGCUUGUAAAAUUGUUCACCAAAGGUUUGGGAAAUCAGUGAUAUAAACAUACAUAGCACACACUGUUUUCCUCCUGUGAAAGCACAGACACCAAACCAUGCUUUGUGUUAACUGUAAAAAUGAAAGAUGUUUCUCAGGGUCCCAGCCACCUUCACUGCUUCCAUGAGGACUUUUCCAGAGGAUGCACGAGAAGCCUGGGAUAAAGGUUCUCCUGUGAUCUGGGAUGUUUUCUCAUCAAAGUAAAAUAAAAGGUGGUUGUGGCUCUUGGAUGCUUAUGAAUGAUAUAGAUGCUGUUCUUAAGUAGUCAGAGGCCUACUAAAAGGGGCACUUACCCUCUGUCCUAGAUUAACAUAAAACAUUCAGGUUGGUUUUUUUUUUAAAACACUUUGUUUCUAGAAGGUGGUUCUCAUAUUUAUAUUCAUUAAUUUGACACCCUUGCAUAGAUAAGCUUCUUGGGUAUAGUAGACAAGUAGCGGUAAAGGGUGCACACAGUAUCUAUAUUGCUGCCCUCAAAGAAAUUAAUUUACUUCGAGAAAAAAAUAUAUUGGUGCAAUAUUGACAGAAUACAUAAAUUGAAAUAAAAACAUAAAAGGUGUCAAAGGCAAAUGACUCGCCCCAAAUCAUGAAGAUAAUUUGCACAAGAGCUAGGAGUGCAACUAUGGCAUAGCCUGCGGGGGUGCGGGGGAAUCCUUAGUAAUUAAACUAGGUUUUUGUUAACACAAUCAGGCUGCCUAUUGACACCUGUGGCCUUUCAGCUCCACUCAACAUUG